CUCGAAACGUGGAUGUGAGCGCAAUGACAGCGGAAACGGAACUGCGAUGCGCGUCGGUGUGCCGUCACUUGGUCGUUCAGGCUGCCUCUGCUGGAAGCAGCGACCCCGUCGAAGUGAGUCGCGUGCUGCUCUUCAUCUUUGCCGUGACAGUGUUUGUCAUUCUGCUCGAACUUACGCUCCACCACUUCGAGCACAAAUGGAAGGACAAGCCCAAGUACGGCGACAUGCUUCACAAGACAACGCAAGAGCUCAUGAUUGUCGGGCUAAUCUAUCUCCUCGUGAAGUUCUGCAUGUACGCUGGCAUCGUGGCAAAGGGCGGUCUGGCGUAUCAGGCCAUGGACGCCGCGGACUUGCUCAUUCUCUUCACGGUCAUGUCGAUGGUGGUGCAAUCGGUUUGCAUCUUCCUGCGGCUCAAGCGCACGCAGCGCGAGCUCGACGAGGUCGCGAUUUUGAGUGCAAGCGACGUCCUUCGCGACGCCACCGCGAGUCAAGAAGCGUCCACGUCCCAAAGCCGCUUUCUUCCGUGUCUGUCAUCUGCGCAGGAAUGGUCGCGCCAAGAGUUUCGCUGUCAGAUCAAGUUGCUCGGGCAGUUCUUUCUGCACGUGUACAAGCUCCCGCAACUCUUUUCAUUCGCCAAGUAUAUCCAAGAUGUUCAAGAAACUCAAGUGAGCCACCUCAUCGAAAUUGACAUCACGAUCUGGGUUUUCCUCAUGGGCCUCUACGCGGCGUUCUUUGCGCUGACGGGGGAGCUGUUUGAUGGCGCCGAGUACAAGGCGAAAGAAGCCAAACGCCUGACAAUCUUUGCCUUGUUUGCGUACUUGUUGCUGCUUGCGAUGGUAUUGCUGCUCGUGUACUUGAAGCACCUCGUGCAAGUGCUCCUCCAGCACGCUGCGGUCGCCGCGAUGCCAACCGACACCGCCACGUCACCAAGCCACGGCCAUACCAACUUGCGUCAGCCCAAGCAUCUCUUUGCAGCGCUACAAAAUGUCGUGUGCCUUGAAGACCAGGCCCAGUUUGAGCCGGCGGACGACGCGAUUGAACGAAUGCGUAAAAUCGCCGAGGAACUGCUCGACACCUCCGCCGUGGAUCCCCACGGCGGUGAUCAUGGGCCAUCGUCCAUGUGGUUAUGCUUUCGCCACGAUAUGUUGUGUCAGCUCCUCGGGUCUGGGCUUCGAAAGCUCCAAGGCCACUCGCACAAGAAGCCACACCUGGACGUUGCGUCGCCCAUGCACGCGGUUCACUUGCCGUACUUUUCGCGCAAGUUCACGCAUUUUCUCAUUCAGCUCUUGCUGAUCGUGAACGGGUUCUACUACGCGCUCUGGGUCAACUGCAUCAUGUACAUCGACGGGUUCCGCGUCGUGGCGGCGCUCAAGAUGGUCGGGAUGGUGCUUCCGCUCGUCGUCAACACAUUUGUGCUGGCGCCGCAACUCGUCAAGCAGUUUUCCGUCGUAAACGGGACGUGGCGCGUCAACGCCAAGCACCUGAGCGACCUCGUCGAGAGCUUUGCCGAAGUCGAAUCGAUGAAAAAGCAAAUGGUGAUGCAAAUCUUGACCCAUUUACACCACCACAGCAAGUCGUUGGGUGACCUCGAAACGGCGCUCAAGAUCGCCGCCAACGCGUCGGCAGCGACCGACCGCGGGUACGUCGACAUGGAAGUCGUUCGCCGCGUCCUCAAGCAGUUCGGUUUCAAGUUUGCCCGACGCAAGUUCCACAGCUUUGUCCGCCUCGAGUUUCACACGCGCGGCACCGCCAUUCGAUACGCCGACGUGAUGCGCCUCCUCCGUGCCACGGAAGCCGCCGAGUCCAGUCGGUGCUAUCACUAUAUGGUCUAAUAACUUACUGCCAUUCACACACGUCGUGGAAUUCACGACUGAAGAGCA